CAAGCACGCCGUUCGCCCACGCGCACCGCUCACGUGCAUAUGUAACCACGGUUUUUAUUUACGUUUCGUGUUUACCGACUGUUGCGAAGAAACUCAUGUUUAUUUAACGCCGGUUAUACAAAGUUCUACCGAUUUAAUAAUGUGAUAAACAGUCGACGCGUAGUGCGUAACACGGCCGAAUCCAGUCUAUUUCCGGCCCGGGCGGCGCCUAUACUCCUUAAGCGAUUUAUUUAGAUCAAAAUCAUGCGCGAGCUCAGCCGCGGCGGCUCCCUCGUCGCGAACACCAUCGCGUCCCUCCAGAAUCGAGCCGCCGCGAAUAAAAAUAAUUCGACGGGCGCGCAAACGACCGACAGGAGUUUCAGGAAGCCCCUGAGGAAGAUCCGCGAGGACAACGACGAGGACGACCUGUACAGGACAUCGGCGGCCAGCGAGCGCCCCGUGUCGACGGCGUCGGAGGCUUCCGAGCGCGACUCGGCGUCGCUGCAGUCGAGCGAGGAGCGACCCCUAAACGAGAGUGGCGAUUCGGACAGCCCCGAAGAGACGACAGUGAAGUGUACCGCGUGGACGGACCGGAAUGCGGUUCCGGCUCGAGCCGACUCCUCCGACUCCGACACUUCGAGCAGCCAAAGCGACUCCGAGGAGCGGGAGUACGAAACGGGCGGCGGGGAAGCCGAUUAUCAUACCCUGACGCCGAGCAGAGGUGCCGAUAUCGCGACGCGCUGCACCGACGACUUCCGAUGGAUGCCGACGGGAGAAAUAGUGGACGACAACAGUGAGCCGCCCCCGAUGGGUCCCCAGGUGGACGAUUACUCGGCUGCGAGCCUCGAGCGCCGGCGACGGACGUCGGGCUCGCGAAACGAAAGGGACAGAAAGAGUAGGUCGUCCCUGUCGGCGAAGCCUCCGCAGCACCCGUCGAGCGUGCGAGCCUCGCCGCGGCCUAGGCGCACCAGGAACGAUGAAUCGCCGUCCGAUUUGCAGCGGCGAUGGAACUCGUACGAACACUUCCGUUGGCCCGAGGGUGGGUGGUGGCCCCCGAUGUGCUGGUGUCACGGACCCCCGCCGAUGCCUCCGCCGUGCUACAUGCAGGACCGCACCUGGCCCUCGCACCCCUCGCUUCCCCCGAUGCCCACAAGGUCAAAUCAGAACGAUGCCGAAGACAGAGUGCGGAGGUUGGAAGCCGACAAGGAGAGCCUGCAGCUGCAGGUGCAAGUGCUGUCGGAGCAGAUCGCAGCACAGACUGAGAAGAUGGCGGAGUUGGAGCGGUCGCUACACGACACCAGGCAGCGGCUAGACGACACGGAGCAGAGGCUACAGAAGGAGAUGCUGCACCGGUCGUCGCUGGAGACGCAGAAGUUGGAGCUGCUGACGAAGCUGAGCGAGGUCCGGCUGCGUGUCGCCGAGAGGGGAGUCCUGGAGAGGUCCCCGCCGCCGGAGCCCGCGCCCACCAGACCAGCACCGCCCAGAACGCCGCCGGCGAACUACGGGCGUCAGAUCGAGCGGAACACCCACGCGUAUUCGUCGCUGCCUCGCUCCUCCAUACUGAGCUCCGCCGUGGCCGGUAAACACACGGUGGUGGGCUGCGGCAGGGGCCGCUCCGUGCCGAACCUAGCGGAGAAGGAGGAGACGGGUCGCGGCAGUCCGUCGCCGUCGCUGCGCGAGGUGCGCGCGCGGCUUGGCAGCAACAGCGUGCGGCUCGAGGGCGACGACCUCGCGCGCGGCACGCUGCGUGCGUCCGUGCGCCCGCCCCGACCCGUCACCAUGCCCUGGCAGACAACGGAUGUUCGACAGUGGGACUGCGAGACGACUUGCGGGUGGCUGGAGUCGCUCGGCCUAGAGACGUACGUUACGGCGGCGCGCGCGUGGCUUGCGCACACACAGGACAAGGGGGUCAUCGCGUCCGCUUCCUCGGCGGCGAUAGAGAAGGAGCUAGCCAUCAAACAUCCCAUGCACAAGAAGAAGAUACUACUGGCGCUAGCUGAUUUACUGGGUGGUCACGGCGACGCUUUACUGACGGCGGCGGGGCGUCUCGACGGUGCUUGGACGCUGCGGUGGCUGGAGGACGUUGGAGUGUGCGCCGCGCGCGCGCCCGCCGCCGACGCCGCGCUCGACGGCCGCACGCUGCACCGCCUCACGCACGCCGAGCUGCACGCACACCUGCGCGUCGCCACCGCCCUGCACGCGCUGUCUAUACGACGAGGUAUCCAAGUGCUGCGCGACAACAAGUUCAACCCGGACACGAUGAUCCGUCGCGCGGCAGAGGAGGCCCCGGCGCCGGUAGCGGUGGGGGAGGAGGGCGAAUGCGCCCGCGUGCCGCCCGACGAGCUCGCCCGCUGGUCCUCGCACCGCGUCAUGCAGUGGCUCAAGGAGAUCGACCUAGCUGAAUACGCGCCCAACUUGCGCGGCGCAGGCGUGCACGGUGGACUGAUGCUGCUGGAGGCGCGGUUCACGGGCGAGCUGCUGGCGGCGCUUCUCAACAUACCCGCUAACAAGACGCUGCUGCGGCGACACCUCACGCAGAGAUUUAACGACCUGCUAGGCCGCGACGUCAUACAACAGAAGCGGACGGCCGAGCAGACGCUAGGGUAUCAACCGCUCACCGCUACUACUAAAUACAAGGUGCCAAAGAGCCGGCAGUUCUCGCUGAAGCGGCGCAAGAGCCGGGACGAGUUGGAGCUGGGCGAGCUGGUGUGCCCGCUGCGGGACGACGGCUCAGGUGACUCCCCGCCCACGACGAAGACCACAUCAGUAGCGGGAGUCGUCGAGUCGGCUGCCUGUCUCCCGCGUGACACCGCGCGCACACACUAGUUCAUAUCACACAACCAUACUUAUAAAUUGUAAAUGCUAUACUAAAGGUAAGCUUCAACUCACACUGGGCAGAGUCAAAGCGUCAUGUUUUUUGCUUACAGCAUAUUCAUCUCUAUUGUUCUAUUAUUAUUUAGGUACAAACUGCUAUACAAAUUUUAUGUCGACACGCGUUGACGCGCGCAUUCGUCUUUGACGCUUCCAAAUUUUCACAAAAAUUUGUACUUAAAUAAUAUAUCAAUAGAAAGACUCUACCCCGGUGUGAGUUGACCCUAAAAGACCGCACUAAAAUGUUCUUGGCAUA